AUGGCUAUCACAUUUAACCUGAUCGGCUUUCUUUUGCUAGUGGUCUCAUUAAAGGAUCACCAGAUUGGGGCUGACGGUGGAUUACCGGGUUCAAUCAGCUCCAAUGCGAAAAGCAUUAACGGUACAUUGAAAAAGAUAAGCCAAAGCUUUCGAAAGUACAGUUCGGUUGGCCAAACGGAACGGUUGCGAGUGAGCGGAGAUUUAAUUGCAGAAAUCACCAAUAAUGUGACUCAUCUUGGAAAAAUGCUUACUGGCAAUGUUAGCAAAGCUGCGGACGAUAAAUCUGUGACGGUGGACGAGCUGUUCUUGACAUUGCACAACUCGUACGAUCAGAUGAGUCGAUAUCUGCAAUCUGACGUGCAAGUUUUAAUGUACAACCUGAACAGUACUGUGGGCAGUUCAUAUGCUUCGGAACUAAUACAUGCUCUGAGUUCGGUGAACGAUGCUAUACUUAACAUCACCAAUGUAACGAGGAAUGUGGAGAACGCAAUCGGAACAGCAACAACCGCGGCCAAUGGGAAACCACUUUCUAAAGAAGUUAUCAACGACAGUAUCCCUUCAAACAUAACUACAUCACUUUCGGAAGCGCUCUUGCAAAUGAAGGACCAGAUGGUGAUGUUAUCCCGUGCGCUCGAGAACACACUUCGCAAUAUGGGUCAGGUCAACUCGUUUCUAGCCAAACUUUCUUCCGCGAGCCAAGCGGUAGAGCAGAAACUUAAUUCAUCCCAAACGAGCAUAGAAAACGACAUUCUAGACGAACAGGCAAAUGUUCUUAAAAAAUACUCAACUUACCAAACAAAUAUAAAAAAUGAACUUAACAGUGCAAUCGGAAAGCUAUCUAGAUUCUCCACGAAUCGUUCGCUGCAGACCCUGGUGGACCAGUACGGCGAAGAAUAUACCAUAAUAUACUACUACUUGUUCAAUCGCAGUGAAACUGAUGCACAGUCCAUCACCAAUGCGUUCAGCAUCAUAAAUUCCAACAUACGGCAGCAGAUUCAAACUUUGAGUUCAGACUUUAAAGUAAACUUGGAGAGAAUUUCCAACCAGCUAGUUGAUCUAUAUUUAAGUCGGAAAGAUAACAUCGAAUACUGCUUCGGCAAACCUCUGAAUCAAAUAUUCAACCAUUUGACUAACUUCCAAACUGCACUCAUUACCUGUAUGAACCGCGAAGAGACCCGAGUCGAACGCAUCGGAGAAGCGAUCGAACGGAUACUGCAGCUGUCACUUUCCAACAGCCAGGAAUUCGCCAACAACAUCGCCAGUUGUACAACAUACGUCGGAUUCGAAAAAUCUGUUUCCACUUUUGAACAGGCCAAGAUUUGUCUAAUAACGAAUUUGGAUUACAUGACGGAGUUCCAAACGGUGAUCGGGCAGGAGUUAAAUGGAAUUUCCAUGAUAACCACAACAGAGAUUGCAGCCAGUAAAUUUCGCUUGAACAACUGCAUGGUAACUCGACACAGCGAAUCGAUAGCCGCCAUUGAUGGGCUGAACAGUGAGAUAGAGCAAUGUGUUUCCGGUGAGGGAGCACGAGGGUUGUCAUCGGCAGAUCGGCGGGUAGAGCUCAUCGAAGCACACACAACAGUCCCAGUAAAUGACGACCAGCUAGCAAACUCUGCUGUGGAAGUUGCAAUUCAAAACGAAUGA